AUGGCCGACUCGAAUUAUGGAGGCUAUACACGCUUCGAACUAGAGCUCGAGUUCGUCCAGUGCUUGUCCAACCCUCUCUAUCUCAAUCACCUGGCAACCCAGAAGCUGCUGGACGAUCCAGAGUUCAUCGCAUACCUCUCCUACCUCCAGUACUUUGCNAGAACCGAAGUACAUCAAAUACUUGUCGUAAGUCCAAUUUCAACCUCACCAUGUGAUCCACCUAUUCAUGUUUCCUCCUCCAGCUACCCGGGUCCUACCAUUCGAGCACUCGAGCUUCUGCAACAAGAGAGAUUCAGAAAGGACAUUCUGAUCCCCGAGACUGUGGCUAGGAUGGCAGAAGAAGGCCUCCAAGCCAGCACUGAUGGUCUCCGCCGCGACUGA